GCACAAUCAGAAAGAGGCCGAAAACUUCUAGCCACACGUAGCAUGACCCGGAUUAUGAAGAACAUGCUAUGCAACUAUUGAGGCUGCGAUCGGGAACUUUUGGGUUCUUACGUCCGUAGAGAUUAAAGUCUCCGCGCAAAUGUACAAGUGUCCGAGAGAUGUUGAUCAACAAGCACACGACGACGAAUAUAAUAACAGCUCAGCGAACAUGUUUCUAGAGUACAGAUUAAAGAAAAUCAACCCCAAAUCUAAUAAACAUCCAUUCAAUCUUUCGCAGCCAUGACUCUCACGAGUUCCCCAACCACCGCUUCCAAAACCACACUUUGGAUAUGGCCAACUGGCCUAUUCCCCCGCCGUCUCAUCUACUAUUUCCGCGCGAAGCAGAUCUCCUCUUCCCACCUACACGCCCAAAACAUCAUCAUGGUCCCCGUGACACUCGACAUGCAAGCCGGAGCCCUCGUCUCGAAACCGGGGCACGAGCCGCGACCGGAGGGAACCUCCCUUCCCUGCCUCCGCAUAGAGCGGACUGACCAAGACGACUUUUACAUCCACGAGUCGGGUGCGAUUCUGGAGUAUUUUGAAGAGCUGUUUGGACCAGAGAAAGGGUUUGUUAAUCUCAGAGGCACAACGAUGGAGCAGCGUGCUAGAAGUAGAGAUAUACUGUCUGUGCUUGCGGACGCUACUGUGUGGGGGGUUGUGUAUCAGAUUCAUACUGAAGAGUCGACGCUGAUGUGGUCUGGGCUGAGACGCGAGCAAUGGUCCGCUGAUGUUGCCAUGCACGCGAAAAAAUUCAAAUCUGGUCUUCUCGACAAGUUGGAGAGGUGGGUGGGGGAGGGCAUGGCUCAGAAGGGUCGCAAGAGUCUUCGUGCAGAGGACGCGGGCGUUACCCUCGCUGACAUCUCUUUGCUGACAAUAGUUGAGUACAUUGAGAAAACGUAUGGUCAAGACUGGGUCGAUGGGCACGUGCAGUUGAAAGCUUGGUGCGAUAUUAUGAAGAAAGCAGAGUGGUUCAUAGAUGAGCAUGGGCUCAAAGGCUUGGAAGACAAUGAUUUCGCGGGGCUGUUCCAGUAGGAAGCUGGCUUUGCACUGAAAGCGAAGAAGGCAAAGGGAGUCACAAAAGAACAUGGAGACUGUGAUGAUUGAUUCCGGUGUGAAAUUGAUUCGUAUUCAAACGAGUAGUAGUAAGAGAAUAAGCCCAGCAGCAGAGGCUUGCGUGAGCA